AUGAGCGAUCGAGCACCCCGAGGGCCCAUCGGGAACCCCCGACUAUUGAGGGACGAGCCCCUGAAAAGAAAUCCCGAACAACCGAAGGGUCACGUAACGCUGGCCAGACUGUACCAAGAGACCAAGGCAAGAAACAUCUUCCAGAUCCCACCACCAAUCAGACAGCCAAUGGAGCAAAGAGACCAGAAUAAACACUGUGCAUUCCACAGUGAUUUCGGUUACCUGACCAAUGAUUGUAGGAGCUUGAGAAGACAGGUGGAAGCGUUAAUAGCUAAGGGUGAGUUAACUGAAUACUUGAUUACCCUGGGGCAACAAAGGCAGCAAGAUCAAGCCCGGGCAAUUCCAAAAGCAGCGGUAGAGAGCCAUCCUGUCCGGGUAAUUAACACAAUUCAUGGCCGUCCAGAAGAAAACGAGCAAUCGGGAAAUUUCUACAAGAUCCAGCUCAAACAAGCCUAUAAGCUGCGGAGGAUUGGGGAAAUCAAUACCGUCGACGGUAAACCCAAUCCAGCGCAAGUUUCUUUUCAUAAAGGGGAUCUCAUAAGGGUGCAACACCUGUACGAAGACCCAAUGGUAGUUAGUCUACUAGUGGCCAACUAUCUGGUCAGACAAGUACUGAUUGACCCCAGCAGUAGUGCUAAUGUCAUAAUAAAGUGGACGUUCGAUCAGUUAAAAUUGGCUGCAGACCAGAUUCGUCCCACUAAAAGUCCUUUGGUAGGAUUCAAUGGAAGAAGAGUGGAGCCCACAGGUGUGAUCACGCUAUCAGUCACUACUGCUAAAAGAUCUCUGAAAGAGAACUUUGUGAUUGUGGAUAUUCACCCGGCCUACAAUUUGUUAAUGGGUCGAGGAUGGAUCCACCGCAUGGAAGGAGUCCCAUCAACCCUGCACCAAGUCAUGAGAUGCAUAAGCCCGAAUAGUCAAGAGGUCAUUGAUAUCUGGGGGACCAGGUAA